UAAACCACUUUUCCGCUCAUGUGACAGCGGCCUCGACCAAUCGCCUCGGGGGAGCUCGGCCGCUCAGCCAAUCACAAGCUAGCAAACUCGGGCCGGAGCCGUCGCCAGCCCGUCGCGUCGCUUUUUUGCUCGACUCCUAACCUCUCACAGCUUUUUUUCCAGUUGAAACAUUUUCAAUUUGGGCAAACGAGACUUCCAAAAGUGAACUUCGCCGCGAGGGUUUGGCCGCCCGACACCCUCCGGCGCCAUGCCUCUGGUCACCAGGAACAUCGAGCCGCGGUACGUGUGCCGCCAGCCCAUCCCUACCAGCAUCCACAGCGAGCUGGAAUGCGUCUCCAACAACAGCCUGGCCGCCGUCAUCCGCCAGCUCGGCUGCCUCAGCAAGCAAGCCGAGGACGUGUUCCAGGGGCUGUUCAAGGAGGCCAGCGAUUUCUCCGUCCGGGUGGAGGCGCUCGGGGAUCGCGUGGACAGCCUGCAAUUGAAAGUCACCCAGCUGGACCCCAAAGAAGAAGAAGUGUCUUUGCAGGCCAUCACCACCCGCAAGGCGUUCCGCAGCAGCCUGACGCAGGACCAGCAGCUGUUCACCCGGCCGUCGCUGCCCAUGCCCGUGCAGGACAGCUACGUCACGUGCGACCCGCCGCCGCCCCUCAACCUGCUCAGCUCGUACCGCGAUGACGGCAGACAAGCUCUGGACUUCUACACGAAUCCCUCCUACUUCUUUGACCUGUGGAAGGAGAAAAUGCUCCAGGACACCAAGGACAUCAUGAAGGAGAAACGCAAGCACAGAAAGGAGAAGAAAGAUCACCUGAACCAGCGGACCCUCAACCCGCGCAAGAUCAAGACCAGGAAGGAGGAGUGGGAACGCCGCAAGAUGGGCGAAGAGUUUGUGGUGCCCAAGAACGACAUGAUGAACUCCUUGGAGGGCCUGAACGGCAGCCUGGGAUCCGGCGACGAAGGCCUGGAUUUGAGCACAGGCUCCUACGCGUACGACCCGGCGCCGCCGCCCGGGCCCGACGACUUCCUGCCUCCGCCGCCCCUGGACAUGUCGUACACCGACAACCACUACGUGGGGGCCAACCAGAAGCGCGUCAGCGUCCUGAGCCCCAGCCACCCCCCUCCGGCUCCCCCCGUGGCCUCCCCGACUUCCAACUCUCGCCCCCACCUCUCCCCUCCCCCCGCCCCUCCUCCCCCGCCGCCGCUCUCCGGUUUCGCAGCGCCGCCCCCUCCCGCCACCUUCGACGGGCCCCCUCCCCCUCCCCCCCUCUCUUCCCCGGGCCCCUUCUCGUCACUCCCCGACCCGCCGCGUCCGGCGCCGCCCCCUCCUCCCCCGCCGCCCGUGCCCACCGGCGGGGUCCACGCCCCUCCCCCUCCGCCGCCGCCCCCUCCUCCCGGCCCGCUGCCGCCGGCCUCCGGCGUCCCCGCUCCCCCUCCUCCUUCUGCCGCGCCGCCGGCGCCGUCCAAACAGCAGCCGGCCCCCGAGGGCGACGCCCGCAGCGACCUCCUGCAGGCCAUUAGACAAGGCUUCAACCUGCGCAAGGUGGAGGCCCAGCGCGAGCAGGAGAAGCGCGACGACCACUUCGGCAACGACGUGGCCGCCAUCUUGUCCCGCCGCAUCGCCGUGGAGUGCAGCGACAGCGAGGACGACUCGUCCGAGUUCGACGACGACGAGUGGUCCGACUGAGCCCGCCCCCCUCCCUCGCCGUCAGGUCAGCGGGGAAGAAAAGUCGCACGUUGUCACAAUUUUGCAUUCCUUUCGCUUGUUUUCUAUUUAUCAAAUUCAUAUUUGUUUGCGCCUUCACGUCGUCUUUAAGAAGGUCUCUUUCUCUGUCGGCACGGCAACCAUUUAUAAUCCGUUAGAAAUAUUACAGAGCAGAAUUCAGUGGUAACUAAUGGGGAAGUUAUGAGCACAACUCAAAAUGCACGACUUGGCGUGGAAGUGGCCCGGUAAAAAAAAUUAAAAAAUAGCGAGGACCAUCUGCUUAUCAAGUGCCUUUACCAAAAAGAAAAAUAUACAUAUAAAUAUAUAUAAUUUUAAAUGUUUUCACAAGCGGAUCAUUUUUUCAAAGUUAUGAUUUCAAUUGUACUUUUUUUUUUUAUGCUCCCAAAGUCUAUAAUUUUGUCUAUCUAAAAAGAAUAAUAAAUUUUGCAUAAUUUA